AUGCAAUCGUCGGCAGACAAAGGCAAAAAUACCAAGGAGUUUGCCAUUCAAUUUGACAAGUUUGUCAACUCAUCUGUACAUGUCAAGCUUUCCGGUGGCCGUCAAGUCGUCGGCAUACUACGAAGCCAUGAUGCGCUUUUUAAUCUGGUGUUGGAUGAUGCUGUUGAGACGCUCACAAGAGGCGAUGAACCAGCGACAACUAGAAGGCUUGGACAGUUAAUUUGUAGAGGCCCUUGUGUUUUGGCGGUCAACCCGGUGCAUGGUUCAAUGCAAAUAGAAAACCCAUUCAUCGACAAAGAAUGA